GUGACGCUGCUGGUGCCGGGCGCCACAAGCUCAGUCUUGCUCGGGCUCUCAACACACCAACACAUCGCUCUUGUUUACCUUCGCUAACUCUCCUGGCAGACUCAUUAUCAAACCCUCGACGCCACAGCUACACGGAAACCUAAUCUCUCUCUCACUCUUUCUUACUGUCUCUCUUACUGAUCACCGACAUAAGAGACAAUCUCGCCCGCUAGGAACUCAGGGUAAACACGUGUCCUGAAUUAUCACAAAACGUUUGAGGUCAAGGCCAAACCUACAUCAACGCACCACGAGGCAAACCCAGACACACACGCACACACACACACACACACACAUGACUGUACUCGAUUAAUGGAUAAAGUCUUUGUGUGUAUCUUCGAAAGGUGUGCGUACACCGUGUGGUCACCCCUGUAGGCGCCCCAGCCAGCCUAAACACUCAACAAACAGCCACCCAAGCACUUAACUCACAGCCUAACGAGCCCUCACUGUAUUCGUUGUUGAGACACUUGCCCUUCAAACAAUUAACAGAAGGUGACACUUGCAGGAAGUGCUUCAUAGGGGGUGUUAGCACUUUGUUUUCUCAGAGUGUCUCAUUACCCCGGCACCAUUAACAUGGCGGCGGCGCUGGUGGCCCGCGGGCCGGUGCGCUCACGGUCCACUGAGAUCCUCUGUGCUGGGUCCUUCAGCAUCGUAGUGGACAGUGUCGACGGAGACGUAACGGGAGGCGCCGCUGACGACGAGAUCUUCGGCGAGGAUACCGAUGCUCGAAGCGACAUCUCGAAUGCGUCGAGUCGCGGGUCGAGGACGUCCAUCUCCAAGGAAGAGUCUGAUGCUAAGCUGGCGCUCUUUAGGACUGAAGCAGCUGCAAGACUGACAGAGCUGGAGAGACUGCUGGAUGAACAUGACCAGAUCAUCCGGGAGCUGAAGCGUUCAGAGAGUGACAGCGGGUGCAUUAAUUACGCUGGAGUCACCUCAACACCCUCAUCAGCUGCUCCACUAGCUAUGCUGCCCAUUACAGUGACUCCUCCUACCACCUCCCGCACAGCACCCACCUCUCCGCUCUGCUCCCAGCCUCGCUCACACCACCCGCCUACUUGGAAAGUAGAUCCUAAAGACCUAAACUGAAGCAGCUGCAACAGAUGAGGGUUAUCUCGCAGGAGGCCUGCAGGAAUGGGGGUGGUAGUGGUAAUGAAUCAAAUGUUGAAAAAUCCUACUCUAUGAAAUUGAUGGAGCAUAUAAUGCUAUUUAUCAAGGCAGUCAACAGCAAGAUGAGGGUAAUGAGUGUGCUGGGUUGAAUUUUAUUUUUUUGUGUUCAUGAAUAUUAUUUGUGCUAUUUCCAAAGGUUGCCACCCACUACAGUCCUGGCCAGGUCUUCUGUUUUAGGCCUACUUUUAAAAUUAUAAAAUUAGGAUAUUUAAUAAAUUAAUAUACAAAUACAGUAUUUACUCUGACCAAAAUGUGAGAACCUUCAAAGUCAUUGUCUCCACCUGACCUCCUAAGGCUGGCCUAAUAGUUAAUAUAAAAAACGUAAAAUAAGCAUGAGCUGUAUGCAUUUUAACUAAAUAUUUACUGUACCGUAAAAGCACCAGAUGAGCUGUAUACAUAGCCACUACGUAUUUGUAAGGGUGCUUUGAACAAAGAUUGUAUUUGGGGCCCAAAUCCUCGUCAUUUUGCAUAACAUGUUUUGUUUUCCAACAAAUUAGGCCAAGACUCUAUCAUGUUUACCCUGCAGUCCUUACCAUAUUGUAAUGUAGUCCCAUUUUAAGUAAUUAAUUAUGACAUCCAUUGUGGUCGAAUUUAGUAAAUCUAGUUUAAUUAAUGUAAGAUUAAAAUACAUUAACCCACGAGGGGAGUAACAGAUCUCAUCAUGAUGAGUUUAGUAGUUUAUAGCAGUGUAGCACGUUCAGAAAUACAGUACACUAAUGAUAUGCGUUAGAAAAUGAACAGUGUUAUGAGGGCCAUUUACAGCAAUGUAAUGAUAAGGAGACUGAAGGACCCAGAAAUGUCCAACAUAUAAUGGUGCUGGGAAAAUAUUUAUUGUCUCCAACAGUUUCCAUUUAGGUUCUGCAAACAUUUUAAGUAUUUACAUAUUUGCAAUAAUUUAUACAUCUAAAACAUAAAUGUGCAUUGGUUGGGUUAGCUG